UCCGCCUUAACCAACGAAACUGCCGUCAGCAGUGCUCAGGAACUGCUGCCAAAGUCAGAAGAUCCCCAGACACAGCCUCUGAACCUUGCCUGCCCCAAACGUGAUCCAGAUAUGGAACCUGCUGCGGGGGGACUGCUCCCGCCUCCCUUGUUUGCUUCUCAGCAGACGGCAAUAAAGGAAUUUAUGGCUCAAUUUGAACAACAGUUUCUGCUAAAUCAACUCAUGGGAUCACUGACAGCUGCUGGAGGCGUUGCAGGCAGCAGCGAAGUCAGUACACCCAGUCAGGUCUCCUCGCCUGCCCUGCCACCCGUGCUGGCCCCAGCCACUUCUCAGUCCCUCUCCAAGUUCAAUGUCUCCGGUACGCUGUUCUGCUGGCCGGAACAGUCCGAGGGGGUCUCCAUCAAUUCCCAGCAGUAUGCCCUGCUCCUCCUCCUCCUCCAGUGUCCGGGAGGAACAGUGGAAACGCUACCAGUGCUCUGGCUGUGGUCACCGCUCCAACUGGAAGUGGGACAUUAA